AGUGAACGAUGUGAGCGUCGUCUAAGCUAAACUGAAAGAGGCAAAGCGCGGCUCGUGGUUCUUCAGUGUGGUAGUGGAGUGCCAGUUGGGAGGAGCGUCACUCACUUGUCAAUCUGAAGGUCACUGAUCCAAGAGUGUCAGUAGAUACAGAAGUCAGGUGUUGGACUGAUUCAGCCAUGUUAAGGUCCACCGUACUCCUGUUGUUGGUCUACCUCCAACGCCUGUCAGCCAAGGAGUCAUACAGAGGGAGGUGUGAAACGACUCCGUAUCACUCCUCGGUGUACUCCCUGUCUUGGGAGAGCGCCCCCGGGGACCAGCAGGUGUACAAGGCCAGCUCCAGCGUCCCCUUCACCCUGACUGUGGUCGCCUGCGACACCGUCAGGACCUUUCAGGCUGUACACAACCAUGUUUGGUAUAUAAACAUCACUUUGCGGUUCGGAAGUCAGAAAGAGAGCAUCAUCGAGAUAGAGAGCAACACAAUACAUUGUUCUCUCGGCAGAAGUUCAAUGAAGAUCACCGUGCCCAAUAUCAUUGGUCAGAGUGUCGUCACCUUACGUCGCAUUCAACCUCUGGAGAUGUGUCCAACGGUAGUGUUGCAAGUGCACAGUGACUCGACCAGCGGGUACCUGGUGUUGGGGGUGAUGCUGUGUGUGGCCGUCGCUCUCGGCUUGUGUGGCUGCCUCUGCACUCUCCUCCUUCGCCUUCGGAAACGUUUGGCAAGUAACACCCGUGUACAGGCGGACCUCAACUUGUCACCUCUGUCAUGCCCCAGGAAAACUGAAGUCAUAUCAACUGCCACACACCCACAACGUCAACCGUCCACCUGUCCGACAACCCUGCUUGGCUCCUCCGCUCAAGAACAUUAUACACAGCAACAGCCCACGCUGUCUACUGAACCAUUUGUAGACCACGUCUACGAGGUGGUAGAUGAGUACCGUGUCAGCCCGUGCCCUCGUUACGAGAACAUAGGCUCCCCGUUCCUGAAUACCCCCUAUGUAAACUUUGCCAUUGCCAACGAAAAUCAGACAAGCUGGACACCACCAAAGCACAUUCCUUCAUAUGUGGAGCCUGAAGACAUCCAUCCGCUAAAGCUGGCGCUCUACAAAGCCACAGUAGCAAAAGAAUAUCAAGAUCGUUUGAAAAAAGAAAAAGAACGGCAAGCAGAAGCGAUAAAUAGACUGCACAGGGAAUUGAAAGUAAAAAACGCAAUGAAGAAAAUGAGAAAAUGAACUCGAAUAUAUAUAUAUAUAUUCCAUCCCAUUCCGGAAUAUAUAUAUAUAU